AUGCCUCAGCUUUCCAGAGAUCCCCAGAGUUCAGCACGCGUCGGACAUGAUUCGCACGCACGCUCAUCUCAUCAAGAAGGCAGCUCGCGACGCCGUCGUGACGAUAGAUCCCUAUCGCCAGACCGAAGCGGGCGCAGACGCCCAGAGGAUCGCAAGAGGAGAGCGUCACCAUCUGGACGGAGAGAGAGGGAGCCCAAAAGACAGCGCUCAUCCGAGAGGCAUCACCAUCACCACCAUCAUGGCUCAUCGUCAAGGCGCGUGGAGAAGCGCGUGGCUGCAGAAUUGCCUUAUGGGGCGAGACACCUUUCAAAGGAUGAUUUGAAAGGAUUUGAGCCGCUAUUUGCUGAGUAUUUGGAUUUGCAGAAGCAAAAGAAUAUUGAAGAGAUGGAUGAGCGGGAGGUAAAGGGGCGGUGGAAGAGCUUUGUGGGUAAAUGGAAUCGGGGCGAGCUGGCGGAAGGAUGGUAUGACCCUGAGAUGUUUCAGCGUAUACUUGAGCGCGGUCCGCCGCCCCCGAGGGAACAGCAACAGCAACAGCAGCAGCAGCAGCAGCAGCAGCAGCAGCAUCGUCAACAACAAUCAGAUUCAUCAGAGGAAGAGCCACCUGAAGCAAGGUAUCUGGACCGCAAUGCUAGCGGGGACGAGAACGAGGAUGAAGAUAUGGAUUACGGCCCGGUGCUUCCCGGAGCAGCACCCGGUGAUCGUCGAGCCGGCGCCACGAUUCCAAACAAGCAGGAUCUCGUUCUCCGCGACGAACUUGCCGAGGAAUCCCGCGAGGCCGACCGGGACGACCUCCGCGCCGCGCGCAAAGCAGACCGCAAGCUCCAAAAGGAGCGUCUCGAAGAGCUGGUCCCCCGCGCCGAGGCGGGCACUCGCGAGCGCAAGCUGGAGAAGCGCCAGGAGGUCAACGAGAAGAUGCGGCAGUUCCGGGACAAGAGCCCGGGAGGGGAGGUGCGCGAUAGCGAGUUGAUGGGAGGCGGCGACAGCUUGGAGGAGUAUAAGCAGGCAAAGGAGAAGGAGCAGAGGCGCAAGUCGGAGAGGGAGAUUCGGCGGGAGGAAAUUGAGAGGGCGAAGAGGGAGGAGAUUGAGGAGAAGAGGAGGGCGUGGCAGGAGAGGGAGGAUAAGACGGUGACCGGCAUCAAGCUUUUCAAUUCAAAUCACAGCAUGGAAGACGACGAUUAUGGCACCGGUGGCCUGAUGGAGGACCCCGAAGAUUUCUACCCCUCAACCCCUCCUCCUACGCAGCAAAUCUUCACCCUCGGAAGCGGCAAGCAGGUUGUCCUUAACCUGGUCGGCCACAGCCCUACAGAGGCUCACCAUUUAUGGAACGGCGCAAAAAUCAUCGCAGACUACUUUGAGGAGGAUCCUUCGCGGGUACGGAACAAGACGGUGCUGGAGCUUGGGGCUGCGUCGGGGCUGCCUUCGCUUGUGGCGGGCAUCUACGGCGCCAAGAAGGUUGUCAUGACAGAUUUCCCUGAUCCGGAUAUUGUCAUGAAUAUGCAGAAGAACAUUGAUGCGUGUGAUGAGACUACUGAGCCGAAGGGCCAUAUUGCGAAGACUGUUGAUGCGGUUGGCUUUGUCUGGGGCGGAGAUGCUGUGCCUCUUAUCGCUCGUCUAGGAAACGACUCACAUCAGGAGGAAGCGCGGUUCGACGUUUUGAUUCUCGCUGAUUUGCUUUUUCGGCACUCGGAGCAUGGUGCUCUGGUCAAGACGAUUAAGGAGACGAUGAGACAUUCGCGGGACAGCGCGGCAUAUGUCUUCUUCACGUCUUACAGGCCUUGGAAACGGGACUUGGACAUGAAGUUUUUUGACGUGGCGCGGGAGGCGGGCUUUGAGGUAGAGCAGGUGCUGGAGAAGAAGCUGGAGAAACCGCUGUUUGAGAAUGAUCCGGGUGAUUUGGAUGUGCAAAAGACGGUCAAUGGGUUCAUUGUGCGGUGGCCGGAGAGUGUUUGA